AAAGUCAGUCGAGAAGGACAAAAUGAAUAAGAAAAGAUACUUUCUGGAGCCUCCGGAGGUCAAAGACUACCUGGUCAAAGGAGAAAGAUUUACCAAGUGGUCAGAGGACUCCACAAAGACUGUUCCUGUCACCAUGAAGAUGGAUCCAAAAGGUUUUUAUGUCUACUGGAUCAAUCAAAGCAAGGAGACAACGUUCCUGGAUGUUGCUACCAUCAGAGACACCCGAACAGGGAAAUAUGCAAAACUUCCCAAACACCCCAAGGUUCGCAACGUGUUCAACCUGGACUUCCCAGACAGCAACCACCUCGCCAAAACCCUGACCAUCGUCUCAGGUCCUGACACAGUGAAUCUGACCUAUCAUAACUUCUUUGCCUCCAAAGAGAAAGUGACCCAGAACUGGGCAAAUGACAUCCUUGCAAUUACCUACAACGCUGCAAGAAUCAAUGCGUGCAGACAAGUCUUUCUGGAGAAAAUAUACGUCCGCAUUUCUCUUCAGACCAACAAGGAUGGCAAGAUCCCAGUGAAAAAUAUCUACAAGAUGUUCCCUGCAGACAAGAAGAGGGUGGAAAGUGCCUUGGCAGCAGCACACCUCCCCAAAGGAAAGUAUGACACCAUGAAGCCUGAUGUGUUCACUGAGGCUGCCUUCAGGGCCUUUCUGACAAACCUCUGCCCUCGGCCAGAGAUCUACGAGAUCUUCACCUCUUACUCCACAAAACCCACCAUGACAAAGGAGAAUUUCACCAAGUUUCUCAACGAGAAACAGAGGGACUCCCGGCUCAACGAGGAGCUAUUUCCACGUCUGCGGCAGGACCAGAUCAAGGCUCUGAUUGACAAAUACGAACCCCUUUCAGCUAAUUCUAACAGAGGUCUGAUUUCUCCAGAGGGUCUUCUGUUCUUCCUGAUGGGGCCGGAGACAUCAGUUGUCAUGCAGGACAGGCUGGCUCUGAGUCAGGACAUGACCCAGCCCAUACCCCACUACUUCAUCAAGUCCUCCCACAACACUUACCUGACAGCUGGUCAGUUCUCCGGCGUGUCCUCUCCGGAAAUGUAUAGACAGUGUCUGCUGACCGGCUGCCGGUGUCUGGAGCUGGACUGCUGGAAGGGCAAGCCUCCAGAUGAAGAGCCCAUCAUUACCCAUGGCUUCACAAUGACAACUGAGAUCCUCUUCAAGGAUGUGAUCGAGGCCAUAGCUGAGAGCGCCUUCAAGACCUCACAGUACCCAGUCAUCCUCUCAUUUGAGAACCACGUUGACUCGGUGAAACAGCAGGAGAAGAUGGCCAACUACUGCAAAACCAUAUUUGGUGAUGCCCUGCUAACAGAGCCGCUGGACAAAUACCCUCUGAAGCCAGGUCAGCAGAUCCCCAGCCCAGCUGAGCUCAUGGGCAAGAUCCUCAUCAAGAACAAGAAGGGCAGCCAUGACCAACCGGCUCAGGCAAAGAAAACCACCACAGCAGCCCCUGACCAGACCACAACCACAGCAGCCCCGGACCAGACCACAACCACAGCAACCCCGGACCAGACCACAACCACAGCAGCCCCGGACCAGGUCACAAACAGUACCUCCCAGGAUCCUGCAAACCCAGCACCCAGCACUCAGGAGAACCAAGAGGGGGAUGUAGCUGUGGAUGACAACGAGGAGCAAGAAGACACAGAGGAACAGGAUGAGGAGAAGAUGAAGACAUCAGACGAGGGCACAGCUGGACAAGAAGUAACAGCCUACGAAGCAAUGUCAUCCCUGGUCAACUACAUCCAGCCCAACAAAUUCAUCUCUUUUGACAAUGCCAGAAAGAAAAACAAGAGUUACGUCAUCUCAUCCUUUGUGGAGACCAAAGGGGAAGCAAUGAUUUCCAAGACUGCUGUUGAAUUUGUCGAAUACAAUAAGAGACAGAUGAGCAGGAUUUACCCCAAAGGAACAAGAAUGGACUCAUCCAAUUACAACCCCCAGCCUUUUUGGAAUGUAGGCUGCCAGAUGGUGGCGCUCAACUACCAGACCAUGGAUUUCCCCAUGCAGCUGAACAUGGCUCUGUUUGAGUUCAACGGGAGAACGGGAUACCUGAUCAAGCACGACGUCAUGCGUCGCGGCGACAAGAAGUUUGACCCUUUUUGUGACAGGAUUGACACCGUUGUGGCAAGCACACUGACCAUAAAGAUCUAUUCGGGUCAGUUCCUGUCUGAGAAGAACGUGAGAACAGGGGUGGAGGUGGAGGUGAUUGGCCUGCCGGGAGACCCCAAAAAGAAAUACCGUACCAAGUGGUCCACCACACCCAACGCCAUUAACCCAGUGUGGAAUGAGGAGCCCUUUGUUUUUGAGAAGAUCCUGCUCCCAGAAAUAGCUGCUCUGAGAAUCGUAGUCCAUGAGGAGAAUGGUAAAUUCUUGGGACACAGGAUCAUCCCACUUGAUGCCAUCCAAUCAGGCUUCCAUCACAUCUGUCUGCGCAGCGAGAGCAACAUGCCGCUCACUCUGCCUGCUCUCUUUGUGUACAUUGAGGUCAAGGACUACAUCCCUGCUGCCUUUGCAGAUUUCACAGACGCCUUAUUCAACCCAACAAAGGGCACAGAGAAGACCACAAAGACCCCGAAGGAGUCAUCAUCCGACUACAUUUCUCCCUAUGAGCUGCCUCUUGUGGUCCAAACCCCCAUGAAUACAGCUAAGGAAACUGAAGCCCCUGUUGCAGAAAAGGCUGCAUCUGAACCUACACCGCCUACACCACCAGAGCCAACUGCAGAAGAAGCUAAAGAAGAGACAGAGAACACAGCAGAUACUCCACAACCUGCAACAGAGUCUGCCCAAACUCCUGGACCUGCUGCUGCUGAAGAUCCAGCCCCAGAUGCAGCAACAUCUGAAACCCUUCCUGAAGCCACUCCUUCUCCUGAGGAGGCUGAACCUGAGAAAGAAGUGGUUCCAGAGCCAGAGGCAGCUCCUGCUUCAGAUGAUAAAGCUGGCACAGAGGAGGGUCCGGGAGAGCCUCCUGCUGCUGUGGUUGUCUCCUGUCCACCUGAGUCUGCAGGAUCAAAUGACUCAGCUCAGACGCCGACACAGAGUGAAGAGCCUUUGACUGUGACCACUGAAGAACUGACACAGCACAAGAACUAUCUGAGGGUCAUCAAGCGUCAGGAGAGAGAGAUGAAGGAAGCUGAAAAGAAGUAUCAGAAAAAAGGAGAGGACCUGAUUCAAAAAUACUCCGACUCCUUCAAGGCCAUCAAGAAGAAGGUUUUGAAAAAAGAGGGAGGGGGAAGCACCUCUGACUCCAGUGAGCAGGUGCAGGAACAGAAGGAAAAAAUGCAGGUUGAGCUGCAAGCUCUUUGGACGGAACAGAGUGAGCAGCUGAAGAAGAAGAAAGAGCAGUCUGCGACAGAGAGACUGGCCAAACUGUUGGAGAUGGCCAUAGAGAGACACACCAGUGAAAUGAAGACCCUGGAGAGUGAAAUCAGAGAAAAUAAGAAGAAAAUGCUCCUUUCAUCCUCAAAGAAAACAAAGCUGAAAAAGGCAAUGAGCACGGAGCUGCUGGAUGAGACUAGUCAGUCUGACAGUGCAUCUUCAGAUAACAACCCACAGCAAGAGGCUCUGAUGAAGAAACAGGCUGCUACACUGGAAGAAAUCAAGACCCUGACAAAUCAGCUCAAUCAGAAGGCCUUGAAGGAGCACGAGCAGAAACUGAGGUCCAUUCCAGGUGAGGUGAAGGACGCUGUUAAUGUCUGUGUGGGUGCCCACUUUCCUGAACUGGUUGACGAGGCUGGAAUGAAGAAAGUGGAGGGAGUCGGCUUCUACGGAGAUGUCUUUCUUGGUUAAAUUUGCCUUUUGAUCCCUGACCCCUCAGUGUAACCUAGUCCUAAUUUUUCAAAAGCUUUUUCUCACUUUUACUUUUUCUUUUUAGCCUAAUAUACAGUCUCAGUAUAACUAUGAAAUAGUAGAUAAUUCAAGGAGCUUUGUGUGAAAUUUCAAUUUAGAUCUAGGUGCUAUUCAUGGAGGCAAUAUUCUUUAGGGACUUUAAAGCCAUAAUGAUGUUUUCAUGGAUGUCACGAAGACCAAAAGUUAGAUGAUUUGGAAAUGAUUUUAAUUUUCCAUUUGACCCCUUAUUUUAGUUGCUUUUCACAAGUCAGGAAAAAAACAACCUAAAUUGGGCUCCUCAGUGACAAAUAACUUUCAGAUGAAGGCCCAUCACUAAAGCCUCACGGUCUCCUUUCUGUUCUCUUAAUGAGCUCAAAAAUGGGAAUAAAUGUAGCAAGAAAAAUGUAGUGGCAAAAAUGGGUUAUUGGAGUCUGGAGGCUGAAUCGAGACAAUGACUCCAUUUGUGACACUUCAGUGCAACUUGAUUUUGCUUGCGUGGUACUCUGUUAAGAGACCGCAAAGCUGAGAAUUGGGUGAGUUGUAACCAUAAAGAAAGUUCUGCAAAAUGAAGAAAAUUAAUUUACAUUGUUACAUAGACAACAAUCCUAUAAAGUCACACAAAGGAAAUACAAAACCAGAAUUACCACCCCACUGCUGUUUACCUCCGCCAAACAAUCAAGUUGCAGUUGACAUCCAUGUCCAUCCAGACUAAUGUAGCGAAGACUUUGAAGGAGUUUAACAAAAAGUAUUAAUAUGGAUGGUUCACCCACCAUCUACAACGCAGUAGCACAGAUCUAUACCAGGGGUGUCCAAACUGUUUCACAAAGGGCCAUGUGGCUGCAGGUUUUUGUUCCAACCAAUUAAGAGCACACAGUUUGACCAAUUAGCUGUCUUAAGACUGAGAUCAGUUGAUUAAAUGAGUCAGGUCUGGUGUGCUGCUGCUUGGUUGGAACAAAAACCUGCAGCCACACCGGCCCUUUGUGGAACAGUUUGGACACCUCUGAUCUAUACAAUCACCACAGUUUCAAGGUGGACACCUGAGAUCAUUGUCACCAACUGCUCAUCCGUCAGAGCCAUCAGUUCAUCCUUGAGUCCAAGUGAAGGUCUUUGCAGUCAGAAUUGUUAUUAUUUUGUCUUGUAAUGAUUAGUUCUUAAUAAACUUUCAACUG